AUGUCUUUCAUGUAUCCGAUCGCUGACCACAACUCGCAACUCAUUCACAGCCAACUGUCCACUGAAGGCAUACUCUGGUUCUCAAAUCUCACGCUAUCGGACCCUUACCUCGUGCUACCGUUCCUCACGGCUGUCGUCAACUUAACUAUAGUUCAGGUGAUUGUCUCGCAACUGAUGGACAAACUAUUGUCUCACUCUUUGUGUCACCAAAAUGUUUGCUUUGCGUCGAUAUUGCACUCAAACGAAAGGCUCAGGAAAAUGGAGAAGAAGACCAAAAUGCAUGCAAUCCUCACAAACUCAGCGCGAGGUCUGAGUGUGGCUCUCAUCCCAAUCGGACUCGUGAUGCCAGCAUCCGUCUGCUGGUAUUGGUUCGUGUCGUCGACUAUGGGUUUGUGUCAGACAUGGGUUUUGCACUCAAAGGCUUUCAGACAACACAUUGGCGUACAGUCCACGCAUACCAACACUAAUUAG